AUCCUAUCCGUUCCUCCAAAAGCUGCAUUCAGCGAAAAGUAGACAUAGCUGUCGAGUUUUCAUCCUCAAAAUCUCCAUUACAAUGGCAGCGAUGCUCUCACUCUCUCCAAACCCUCCAAUCACAACUUCAAUCUCUCUUCACUCGGCCUUCAGGGGAAAUGUGAGGAAUUUAGGACCAAACCCAUGUCACAUUAUCCUUAUCAGAACCAAGCGACAACAGCAACAGAAACAACAAGGGACAAGGUCUUUAGUUGUUGUGAGCCGAGCAGCAAAAAUCCAAGUGGCAGUUACAGCGCCUACUGUUAGAUUUCGGUUGGACAACCUGGGACCUCAGCCAGGGUCCAGAAAGAAAGGGAAGAGAAAGGGGAGAGGAAUAUCGGCUGGACAAGGUGGCAGCUGUGGGUUUGGAAUGAGGGGUCAGAAAUCACGUUCUGGUCCAGGUGUUAGAAAGGGGUUUGAGGGUGGGCAAAUGCCGCUCUAUAGGCGUAUCCCCAAAUUGAGAGGGAUUGCAGGAGGUAUGCAUGCGGGAUUACCUAAAUACAUCCCUGUUAACUUAAAAGACAUAGAAACAGCAGGAUUUCUAGAGGGAGAUGAGGUGUCGUUGGAGACUUUGAAGAAGAAGGGUUUGAUCAACCCAUCAGGAAGAGAAAGAAAACUCCCUUUAAAGAUUCUUGGUGAUGGGGAGCUGAAUGUAAAGCUGAACUUCAAGGCCCGUGCCUUUUCAGCAUCAGCAAAGGAAAAGCUUGAGGCUUCCGGCUGCUCUCUCACUGUAUUGCCUGGUCGAAAGAAGUGGGUUAAGCCAUCAGUUGCAAAGAACCUUGCACGAGCUGAUGAAUACUUUGCCAAGAAGAGGGCUCCAGCAGCUGAGUCAAACUCUGCGUGAAGGGCAUACAAUUGCUCUGCUUGAUUUGAUAAAAUGUUGAGAGCAGUGAAGAAAAUUGCUGUGUAAAUUUGUAUUCAUCAUUUUUCUGUGCAUUUAGAUUCUUUUUGGGAGCCACGGAGGGCUAAUGUUACUGUAAUUCCUUGGAUUCAUUCAAUAUUUUUUGUCUGGUUUCCAUCUUCCUAGAAUUCAAUCAGACAAUUCGCUCUCA